GCACAAAAAGACCUCGAAGGUGGGCGAGAGAACUUUAUCGGAGUCCUCGAUAUCUACGGAUUCGAAACCUUCGACGUCAACAGUUUUGAACAGUUCUGCAUUAAUUAUGCCAAUGAGAAGCUGCAACAGAGGUUUGUCUUUCACGUAUUCAAGCUUGAACAGGAAGAAUACUUGCGAGAGGGCCUUGAAUGGGAUUUCGUGGACUUCUACGACAAUCAACCCUGCAUCGAUCUUAUUGAAGGACCCAUGGGUAUACUGUCCCUGCUGAACGAUGAAUGCAAGAUGCCCAAAGCCAGUGACUCAAACUGGUUAGCCCGGCUCGUCGAGAAGCAUUUGAAUCGGUCGCCGGACUUCUCGCAGUCCAAGCUGGGUGCCCGAACGAGCUUCCAGGUGCGCCACUUUGCUGAGGUGGUGGCCUAUACGGUGGCUGGAUUCGUUGAGAAGAACUGUGACCGUGUGAUAAGAGAACAUGCUGCUAUCUUUGAGAGGACCUCGGUAAGCCAUUCUUUGUGUUUCCUCCAUUCCUCGCCACUCAUAUGCUGUCCUCUAAAAAAUUGUAAACCUUAA